UCGGCGGACGACCCGGUGGAGCGCUCCACCUUUUGUCCGCUUUGAGUUUCACGUGAUUUUAUGAUGACCAAGAAAUUACUUAAUAUAGUCAUGUGAUAUGUUAGUCAGCUUUGCGUAAUCCUCGAGCUUCAACUUUUUUCCUUCCAUCGACGUUGAAUUUGGAAUGCAUACAAAACAGCCUAAAUCACACUUGCAGCUUAGUUGAUUGAACGCGCCGCUCCGAGGGAAGAAGGAUUCUGGCUCUGCCUGCUACUAGUGCUUUGCAUUGGGCUUCAUUUGCAGGCGCGUUCUUCGUUCACUUUUCUUCUGAUACCGAGAGUGUCAUUUUGAUUUCCUACGAUACGCUACAAUGACGGGCCUGUUUGGCAACAUCUCCUCGAAUACCGCCGCAGCGACCUCCACAACGACGGGUGACAUUUCAAAAGAUGUAGCCCUAGUUGCCCCGCCAGAGGAUAGUAUUUCAGACCUAGCCUUCUCCAGCCAGAGCGACCACCUAGCCGUUGCAUCAUGGGACAAGAAAGUGCGCAUCUACGAGAUCAAUGAGCAGGGGAUGAGCGAAGGAAAGGCUAUGUUCGAACACCAGGCACCCGUUCUUAAUUGCUGCUGGUCUCCGGAUGGCUCAAAAGUGGUCGGUGUCGGAGUAGACAAAGCUGCCCGUAUGCUCGACCUUCAGGGUAACCCUACCACUCCUGUUCAAGUUGCUGCACAUGACGCACCCAUUCGAAGCUGCUGCAUGAUUCAAAACCCAGGAAACUCAGCUCAGCCGCUCCUCGUCACCGGCUCGUGGGAUAAAACUGUAAAAUACUGGGACCUAAGGCAGUCUACCCCAAUUGGAACUCUACAGUGCCAGGAGAGAGUCUACUCCAUGGACGUUAGCAAAACCCUUCUUGUCGUUGCCACCGCCGACAGGUAUAUCAACAUCAUCGACCUCAAUCAACCAACGAACAUUUACAAAGUCAUGCAGUCUCCACUCAAGUGGCAGACACGGGUUGUGAGCUGCUUUACCGACGGAACCGGGUUUGCGAUAGGAAGCAUCGAAGGCCGAUGCGCUAUUCAGUAUGUUGAGGAAAAAGACUCAAGCUCGAAUUUCAGCUUCAAAUGCCACCGUGAAACUCCCCAGGGUCAAUCGAACGUGAGCAACGUUUAUUCUGUCAACUCUAUUGCUUUCCAUCCUCAACACGGCACAUUCAGCACUGCUGGGAGCGACGGGACCUUCCACUUCUGGGAUAAAGACGCAAAACAUCGUCUCAAAGGUUACCCAUCCGUCGGAGGCACCAUAUCCACCUCAACAUUUAACAGAAACGGUAAUAUUUUUGCGUACGCCGUUAGCUAUGACUGGAGCAAAGGUUAUACUGGCAACACUCCUCAGACACUCAACAAAGUCAUGAUGCACCCAGUCACGCCGGAGGAGGUAAAACCAAGAGCAACAUCAACAAAUGCUCGAAGGAACAGAUAAUCCGGUUUUGUUUCCUCAAUAACC